UAUUUUUUUUUCCAAUUCAAAUUACUGCUCACUUUCUCUCAAAAAUUGACGUUCAGUUAAUUUUUCUGUAGUUUCACUCUCGAUUUCACUUUUAACAAUUGGCAUUCAUUUAUGUCUUUUUCGGUGCAAUAUUAAUGUUAUUAAUCGUUGUAUAAUGCAUAACAGUGUCUACAUUUAAUGUAAAAAUAGCUGCAAGUAAUUUUUUAUUGCUAUUGAAUGAUUACAUUAUAUCGCGCAUUCGUAUGUCAUAGGAUGAACGUGUGGUCCGGGGAUUAGCGGCGGACAUCUUGUUGAGAGGCGAUAGUGUUCGCGUCUCCCUAUUGCGCGAUUUGCUUUUGUGUGCACUUUUCGCUUUCAGUUUGUCUGAUGGAAACAGGCAUGAUGUCCGAAGAAAUACCAAUCACAGGACCACCGUCUGUGACGUGUUUAUAUGGAAAUUAUAAAGAAUCUUCUGCAGAUUAUAUUUGUGAACGCGAAAUGUGUUUGCACUACUUCGAGAAAUGGAGCGAAUCUGAACAAACUGAAUUCGUAGAACUACUUUUAACUAAGAUGCUUCACCAUCAGCAUAGUCAUGUAAGCUCAUUUUUAAGACCAAUGCUUCGUAGAGAUUUUAUAUCACUUCUUCCAAAGAAAGGAUUAGAUCAUAUUGCUGAAAGUAUACUGUCCUACUUAGAUGCUAAAUCGCUUUGCGCGGCUGAGCUAGUUUGUAAAGAAUGGUAUCAAGUGAUUUCUGAAGGAAUGCUGUGGAAAAAAUUGAUUGAAAGGCGUGUGCGAACUGAUUCCUUAUGGAGAGGUCUAAUGGAAAGAAGAGGUUGGAUUAAAUAUUUAUUCAAACCUUCACCUGGGGAACCACAUCCGGAUCACAUGUUUUAUAGGAGAUUAUAUCCCAAAAUCAUCCAAGAUAUUGAAAAUAUCGAGACCAAUUGGCGAUGCGGCCGACAUACAUUAAAGAGAAUUAAUUGCCAGAGUGAAAAUAGCAAAGGUGUUUAUUGUGUACAGUAUGAUGACCAAAAGAUUGUGAGUGGCCUGCGAGAUAACACAAUAAAAAUAUGGGACCGUAAUUCAUUAGAAUGCAUACAAGUUUUAACAGGCCAUACAGGUUCUGUUUUGUGUCUUCAAUAUGAUGACAGAGUUAUUAUUAGUGGUUCUAGUGAUUCAACAGUACGUGUGUGGGAUGUCAAAACUGGAGAACUCAUCAACACUCUGAUCCAUCAUUGUGAAGCAGUUCUACAUUUGCGCUUCAAUAAUGGUAUGAUGGUCACUUGUUCAAAAGAUCGAUCAAUUACUGUGUGGAAUAUGGUGUCUGCAUCAGAAAUAACAAUUCAGAGAGUGCUUGUUGGACAUAGGGCUGCUGUAAAUGUUGUAGAUUUUGAUGAGAAAUAUAUAGUUUCUGCAUCAGGUGAUAGAACUAUAAAAGUCUGGAAUACUUCCACAUGCGAAUUUGUUCGUACUUUAAAUGGGCAUAAACGUGGCAUUGCUUGUCUGCAGUAUAGAGACAGACUCGUAGUUAGUGGAAGCUCUGAUAAUACUAUCAGGCUGUGGGACAUUGAAAGUGGUGCAUGUUUAAGAACUCUAGAAGGACACAAAGAGCUAGUUAGAUGCAUACAAUUUGAUAAUAAACGAAUUGUAAGUGGAGCAUACGAUGGAAAGAUAAAAGUUUGGGAUUUGGCUGCUGCUCUUGAUCCUCGUGCACCAGCAGGCACUCUUUGUCUGCGUACCUCUGUAGAGCAUUCUGGCAGAGUAUUUCGGUUACAGUUUGAUGAUUUCCAGAUUGUCAGUAGUUCUCAUGAUGAUACUAUCUUAAUAUGGGAUUUCUUAAAUGGCACUCCUCCUGAAACACCAGCAAUGACUCUUCGGUCUCCAUCUCGUACAUAUACAUAUGUUUCUAAGUGAUUAUUGAAUAAGCCAGUUUUGCCAAAUAUAUUAACAGUAGUACACAAUUGCCACUCAGUAACUGAAAUAUUAGAUUUGAAAUUUUGAAGGGAAAUUUCUAUGCCUCUCUCAGUGGAUGGUUGUAAUUACGUUUAAAAGGAUGUUUGCUAAAGAGGUUGGAGUUUCCUUUAAGGUGUCAUUUGUGACUUGCAUUAAUAGUUCCUUUAAGUGAAAUUUUGCACUAAGAACAAAUAUUCCAUGGUUGUUGAUGAUCAUGUUACUAUUCUUUAGCUUGUUUAUAAUAGUAACAUUUCUUCAUUAUUAGUCACAAACUAACAUAUGUAGGCCAUUGCAGCCUAGAUAUAUUAAAAAUGAAGAAUGAAACUUAAAGAUCAUAUAUGUGCUUUCAUUCACUUGUAGCUCAAGACUGCAAAAUAUACCUAGUGUGUUGUGAUCCAGAUGAUAUUAAUUCCAGUGAUAUUGUAAAGCCAGUGUGAAGUGUUAACAUCCAUGCAUUCUAUGGCAUGGUGAUUCAUGUCUUUUUCUGAUCAACGAAUUAUUCAGUCAUUGCAUAAGUAUUGGUUGAAUGCCAUGUUAGUGUAUCAAUUGCAGUUGUUUAUUAAUUGUUUUGAAUGUCCAAAAAGUUAUUCUAGAUUAGUUUUUAUUUUAUUUAUUUCUUUAAUUUUGUUAGUUUAUUAAAACAUUCAGUAUUUAGUUGGUGAUUGUUUUUUUUUUUUCCUAUAAAUUAAGCUUUAAUGCUUCUUUAUGAAAUCUGUAAAUAAUACUCAUGUGUUCUGCAAUGUGCAAUCUGUAUGUAUGUGGAAGUGAUAUGAAACUUCUAAAGUAAUCAGGAUUUAAUCAUUAAACUAAAAAAAAUUAAUAAGACUAGAUUCAAACUCAGUAGAAUGUCUGGUAUUUUUAAUGUAUGACUGAGCACAUUAUACUUAACAGAUAUUAAAGUUGUACAUUUUUUCAUUUUGUGUUGAUAUACUUUUUGGUAUUAAAGCAGAAACAAAUGAUGCUUAACUGUUUAAGUAUAGUUUCUUGAUCUGCAGAAAGAUUAUGAAAAAUAACAUUAGGUGCUUUAAACUUUAAAUAAAUAUAUUUCCUUGGCUGUCUUAUCUAUCUUAGGUAUUAAUUCAGAUUUUAUUAACUGAAAACUGUAUUUGUUUUUAAAUGCACUACUUUUAUUAGUGAAAAUGGCUGAAGUCGUGCUUCUCCUGUAUGCGCUUUCCUCAUUGUCUGAUAUAUUAAUUUAAAAGUUCAUCCAUUAUGUAACUUAUAUGCGUCACCAUCGUCGUCUUUCUGUAUUAUGAAAACCUGUAAUAAAUUACCCAUAUUUUGAGAAGUCUCUUCUCUAUUUCUGUCAACUGUUUCUUGAAUAAUUUAAAUUAUUAAAUUCAAAAUGAGAUUUUGUGAAGUUGUCAAAUUUGCAUAUUAAAGGAUUUAUGAUCUGAA